ACUACAGGCAUCGGGAGCCCUGACUUGGAGCACUAUUUGCCACAUAUUUCAAAGCUCUCGCACGCAAGAGGAGAACCGAGGACGGCAACGCAACACAACACAACACAACACAACACAACACAACACAACACAACACAACACAACACAACACAACACAACACAACACCCACUUGGAAACGGACACACAAUACUCUUCAAUAUACAGGUCUCAAUAAAGAAAAGAGAAGGUGUGAAAAGAAGAAGUAAGCUAUGCAGCAGGGCACGCUCGGACGAGGCCAGCAGGAGGGAAUCGCGUCGUCUCCACCUGGGCACGGAGCAGGCACGGGCCUCGGCAUGGCAGCGCCAUCUAGAAUGAUCUUCAAGCGGCGCGCCAACGCCACAGCUCUGCCACUCCACUACAGCGGGCACAUCCAGAAGAAAUACACGGGAGAGGGGGGUUUUAGGACAUACUUUGGAGAACUGCGAGGCUCUUCUCUGUUCUUCUACUCGGAUGAGAAACAGGAGAAUUAUACAGAAAGGCUAGAACUGCACGACCUGAACUCCAUGGUGCCUGUUGCCUCUUACUCCCCCAGGGCGGCGCCAAUCUACACACUCUCGUUUCCCUAUGAGGAGGUGCAGCUGAAGAUUGAUAAUCCAGACACCGGAGAGCUGUGGAGAGGCUUCAUCUUGACAGUGGCUAAGCUGGAUGUGCCGCGGGACCUGCAGUUGUUGCCGGGUCAGUUCAUGAUGCUGGAGAACGUGAAGACCGAGGAGCAGCAGAGGAGAGUCCUGCUGGAACAGGAGCAGCAGAGGAGAGUGCUGCUCCUACACACCACCUCAUCAGACGCCCCCGACAGCACAGACACCGACACUGACCAGGAGUAUGACGACAGCCUCUCCAUCCUGCCAACGUGUUUUUUGGAGGUGUCUCGUGAGGAGGCGGAGAGCCAGCUUCUAAAGAACCCAGAGAGCGGCAGCAUCAUCCUCAGGCCGGCCACGGACAAGAAGAAUUACUCAGCCACCACCAGACAGGACUUCCCCAGUGGUCCAGUUAUUAAGAACUACAAGAUCAUCACCACUUCUGACCAGCAGUUCACCAUUCAACUGGACAGUCCAGUGACUGUCUCCAGCUUGAAGGCUGUGGUGGAAUACUUCAUGAAGGAAACGACCAAUCAGCUUAAGCCAUUCACGCCCCGUGCUUAUGACACUCGCAUUGCGUGUCAGUAA